AUGCCCAACAGGUGCCAAAGGAAGAGGGGGCAGUUCCUCCUGGGGGAGAGCGACAUAGGCCAGAACCGUGCUGAGACGUCCAGAUGGGCCCUGGCUGAGCUGAACCCGCAGGUGGCAGUGGUGGCCUACACGGGGGAGCUGUCAGAGGACUUCCUCACCUCCUUCAAGGUGGUGGUGCUGACCGAGUCCCUGCUGGAGGAACAGCUCCGCAUUGGAGACUUCUGCCAUGCCCAUGGUAUCUGCUUCAUUGUGGCUGAUGCCAAAGGGUUGGCCGGGCAGUUGUUUUGUGACUUAGGGAAGCGCUUCAUCACUGACAACCCAGAAGGAAAGGACCUGGCACUUGCUGCUGUGCAGCACAUCUCCCAGGGCAACCCAGGUGUGGUGACAUGCGUGGGCACAGAGGAUAGCUAUGACCAUGCCUUCUGUGAUGGUGACCUGGUGACAUUUUCUGGCGUGGAGGGGAUGACAGAGCUGAAUGGCUGUGAUCCUGUCCCUGUGCGUGUGCUGGAUGGCUCCAGGCUGGAGAUUGGGGAUACCAGCUCCUUCUCACCCUACCGCCGUGGGGGCCUGGUCUCACAGGUUCGGCUGCCCCAGGAAUACUCCUACGAACCCCUGCGCCAGGCACUGAGCGAGCCCAAGAUCCCGGUGGCAAAUCCCGGGGCGCUGCCCCGCAGCCACAGCCUGCACGCUGCCUUCCAGGCCCUCCAUGCUUUCCGCAGGGAGCGGGGCCACCUGCCCCGCCCCAGGGCACUGGCGGAUGCCGAGCGGGUGCUGGAGCUGGCGCGGAGCCUGGGGACACAGCAGGGUCCCCUGGACGAGGACCUUGUACGAGCCUUCGCCAGCGUGAGCGCGGGGGACCUGUGCCCUGUGGCUGCUGUCACCGGGGCCCUGGCGGCCCAGGAGGUGCUGAAGGCCAUCACCGGGAAGUUCCUGCCGCUGGACCAGUGGUUGUACUUCGAUGCCCUGGAGUGCCUGAUGAUGAAGUCGGCGGUGGCUGCGGCGGCCGUGCGGCGCAUGAACCCCGAUAUCAGGGUGACAGCUCACCAGAACCAGGUGGGACCUGCCACUGAGCUGCUCUAUGGGGAUCACUUCUUCCGGAGCCUGGAUGGUGGCCUCAGUGCCGUGGACACGCUGGAGGCCCGCACCUACUUGGAGAGCCGCUGCUUCCGCUGCCGCACCCCACUGCUGGAUUCGGGCACGGAGGGGCCACGGGGCAACGUGCUGGUCAUGGUGCCCUUUUUGACCAAGCCACUUGAACCAGCCAGUGCCCCUGCAGAUGGCACCUUCCCCCUCUGCACCCUGCGGUACUUCCCCCUCAACAUCCAGCAUACACUGCAGUGGGCCUGUGACGAGUUUGAGGGGCUCUUCCAGAAGACAGCAGAGCAUGUCAACCUGUUCAUGGAAGACCCGGCUUUCCUGGAGCAGCUGCCAGCAAGGAAGGCCCUGGAGAUCCUGAAGCAGCUGCGGGAGAACCUGCAGGAGCGGCCGCAGGACUGGCAGGACUGUGUGCGCUGGGCCCGGCGGCACUGGCAGCGCCGCUACCACGAUGACAUUGCCCAGCUGCUGCACGCCUUCCCCCCGGAGCAUGAAACCAGCCCAGGUGUCCCCUUCUGGUCUGGGGACAAGAGGUGUCCCCGUCCGCUGACGUUCGAACCUGACAGUGACACCAACAUGGCGUACGUGCUGGCUGCUGCCCACCUCUUUGCCCAAGCACACAAGGUGCCACCAUGCAGCGACCGGGUGGCCACCCAGACCCUUCUCCACAGUAUGGUCGUGCCACCCUUUGCACCCCUGGAGGGGCUCCAGAUUCCACUCAUGGAGGAGCAGGAAGAGGCACAGGAACCCACAGACCAUGGGCAACUGGCAGAGCUUACCGAGGACCUGAUGAAGUGGAGACAGGAUCUGGUAGGGGAUAAGGAGGUGCAAUUGCCCCUGAUGGAACCCAUCCACUUCGAUAAGGACAACAACCUCCAUGUGGACUUUAUUACAGCAGCCUCCAACCUACGUGCAGAGAACUACAGCAUCCCCCCAGCCGACUGGCUGACGAGCAAGCGGAUUGCAGGGCGGAUCGUGCCCGCCAUCAUCACCACCACAGCAGCCGUGGCUGGCCUGGCGUGCCUGGAGGUCUACAAGCUGGUCUGGGGGUGCCAGGACCGCAGCUGCUACCGCAACAGCGACGUCUUCCCCUCUGGCUUCCUGCUGCUCCGCUUCCAGCCCCCGCCACCCCACACCUACAGGUUUGGUGGGCAAGAGUGGAGCUGCUGGGACCAGCUGGAGAUGCGAGCAGUCAGCGCAGAUGGGCAAGAGGUAACGGUGCAGGAGGUGCUGGACUGGCUGCAGAGGACAUAUGGCUGGACGGUGACCAUGCUCCUGCACGGCCACACCCUAUUGUAUGACAGGGAAGAGGACGAGGAGACACGGACCAGACAGCUGGCACAGAAGUUAUCACAGAGGCUAAAGGAGGCUGGGGAGCCAUGGCGGCGGGAGCUGGAGCUGACCUACGUGUGUGAAGGAGAGGAUGCUGAGGCCCAAGAGGCCAGUCCUCAUCUGCUCCUUACCCUGAGUGAGGGGGCCCGAUCCCCCCACCCCAUGCAAUAA